GGCGGUUAUGGUACCAACUGCGCAUGUCCACUAGCCUCGAUCUGGAUUAAAAACAUGGCGGCGCCCAUGAGACCCAAGGAUUAUCACACAUUGAUGUCAAAGACCACAAAGACAGGAGAUCCAAGCAGACGUAGGAGGAGUCAUCAUGGUGAUGAAGAGCUGGUUCACUUCAGAAUAGUCAGGUUUAUGAUGGAAUCCGGGAUCAAACUCAGGAUGACAUCUGUGCCCAUGGCAACAGCAGCCAUCAUUUAUCAUAGGUUCUUCUCUAUCUGCAUACUGCAAGACUAUGAUCCUUAUCUUAUAGGUAUGACAGCCAUCAGUUUGGCUUCCAAGGUAGAAGAAGAACACCUGAAGAUCAGAGAUGUCAUCAAUGUUUGUUACAGGACUCGUCACAAGGACAAACCUCCCCUUGAGUCCCAGACAGAGCUGGCAGAUCUGAGACAGGCCAUGGCAAGUUGUGAGCUCCUCAUCAUGAGGGUACUGGGCUUUAAUGUGACAAAAGAGCUGCCACAUAAGUACCUUCUCCACUACCUGAAGUCCCUAGGAGACUGGAUAGAUGCCAGUGUGUGGGACAGGACCCCCAUCAGAGACACAGCCUGGGCCAUGUUGAGAGACCUGUACCAUGGGAAGGUCUGUCUGCAGCACGAGGCUCAGCACCUCGCUGUGGCCGUCCUGUACUUCAGCCUCCUGUGCUUUGGUAUUGAAGUGCCUCUGAACAACCAGGCCGAGACUAAAUGGUGGAAGGUGUUUUCUGAAGACAUCACUGAAGAAGAGAUUAAGAACAUCAUAGAGCAGAUCAUGGAUGUCUAUGACCUAGAACAAAGGUUGUGACCAAGACCCGACAGUAAAGUUUGGAAGAAUGCAAUUCACCUUUACAUUACAGGUUUCCAAGCUAUGUGAUGAUUACAAUAUUGUGUUUUGUCAAGUGCAAUACAACUUUCUCAAUCAUGUCUGUCAGAAUCAAACAUCAUGUUUCAAAUAUAUUAUAUAUAGCCUGAGAAGCUUAUUAAAAAAAGAUGGCAUGAGGAAGUAUAUGUAUUUUUCUGAACUUCCAUUUUCUCUUUUGUUAAAGUAGAAUAAAAUAGCAUGUGAGAUGAUGUUGUAAAUGAAAAUGUCUUCAAUAACAUUUGUAGAUAUGGAAGCUUCUCUAAAGUUCACUUAUCAUAUAAACCGGUAUCACUGUAGUAUUUGAAAUCUAAAUAUUAUUGCAUAAAUCCUUGUAAAAAUUGUAAAUAAAAAA